AUGUCAACCACCCGCGAUUCCCCCAUCAUGCCUUCGGGCCCACCCAUUCUCUCAACCUCAUCGUUCACAGAACUUUGGGAGCUUGCCGAUGAGGACGUCGGGUUCCUUUUCGACAUCUUCACCGACCAGUCCUCCUCCGACGACGAGGGCGCAGACACCCUCAUCGGAAUCGAGGACAACACCCCCGUUUUCGACCCCCACCUGUUCUCCAUCUCAGAACUCUGGGAGCACGCGCAAAAGGAUACCGGCUCUCUCCUAGACAUCUUCCACAGCCACUCAGCCAGUUACUCCCCAUCCUCCAACGGCGCAGCUACCCCCGCCGUGAGCGAGAGCAACUUCAGCAUUUUCGCCCCUGCGGCCCCGGACCUGGACGCACCCAUGUUCUCACCCGGGGCAGAACGCUUCCUGCGCGCCGAAGACGAUGUCCGUUUUCUUCUUCACAUGUUUCCCGACCUGCGUUCUUCCUCCUCUUCCUCCAGCGAGGGUGUGGACACUCGCGCUUUGAGCGAGAACGAGGAGUACAUUUCCGACAAUACCGAUGUGAACAGCCCGUCUAACUCCAACAACGGUAUCGAGGACAAGGUAGGACCCAAACCCAAACCCGACCCCGAAGACGAAGAGUGUAUCUCCGCUAACCCCGAUGACCCCAAGGUCCCCAACAAGCGCGACGCCCACUCCAACAACCCUGACGACCGCAACAACUCCACCGAGGCCAUCAACUCCACCAACCCCAACAAUGCCGCCGACGACCCCAACGAACCGCUCUACAUAAUCCACAACUGGCUCACCCCCCUCGCCUGCCAGCGCCGCAAAGACCUCCAACGCUGGCGUGAACAAGUCGGCCGUGACGUCGGACCUCCCCGCGUUGAUAUCAUUGACAUUGAUGCCCAAAGCUACAUCUACUACAUGCCCCUCGAGACCGAGACUGAGACUGAGACCGAGAUUGAGACCGAGACUGGUCUAGAGAUUGGUUUGGAGAUCCCGCCCUCGUUGUGCUCGACCUCGACCUCGUCGUCGGGAUCGCCGGAGGGUUCGUUGCGUGCUGGUUUGGAUGUUGAGGAGGGUUUUGGAUGGGAGUGGGAGGGUGAUGAUGAGGAGGAAGAUAGUGAUGAGGAGGGUAGUGAGGCAGACUAUGGUAACUAUGGUGGUGGAGUUGUGUCUGCUCUAUCGGGCAUGGGUGAUGACAACAACACUUUUGUUGCUAUCAACCCGGGACAGACCGGAACGGCCGAGAACGGGGACAAGAUCGCUGCGUCGAUGCAGGUGCUGCGGUCGUGGGGCCUGCCCUGUCUGAUGGGAUGGGCUGUGGCUAAGGUCGUGAAGGAGACUACGGAGCAUAAGCAUAUAGAGGUGUAG